AUGCCCACGCGCCCUCAAGUCGAACCGCUCAGCGUACAGGAUGCUCUAGUUAUGCCGUCGAAAGAGAUAUCAGAUCGUCUCAUCUAUGUUUUCUUCGAGCUCCUACACCCUCCCUAUCCGGUAAUCGACAGAUGCGCAUUUUCAGAACAAUACAGGCUGGGAACAGCAUCACCAAUGCUGUUGCAUACCAUAUUUCUUGUGACUUUCAUCCUUUGCGACGACAGUCUUAUCCAAGCAGCUGGGUUUCCCGACCGCACUGCUGCGCGGAAGUUUCACUACCUUCGUGCAAAGACGCUGUACGAUGUUGAUCAUGAAACCGACCGCAAUGCCGUCGCAGCUACACUGUUUCUUCUUGGUUUCUGGUGGAAUGGACCUGAAGAUCAAAAAGAUUCUUGGUUCUGGUUGGGUUGUGCAACGACUUAUGCGCAAUCUCUGGGGAUGCAUCGAUCUGCAGCCGCCUCCAGGUGGUGUCCGAAGAAGAUAGCUCUGCGAAAACGCAUAUGGUGGUCUAUUUAUACUCGGGAUCGACACACUGCCGCUUGUCUCGGCCGACCAUGCAGAAUUCGAGACGACGACUGCGAUAUCGAGCCCCUGACCGAAGCUGACUUCCACUUUGACGACAAUCAUGGGGAUCCUUUAAUACCUCCCCAAAAGGACUAUCACACGGCGUAUGCAAUCGAAAUGGCCAAAGCAACAGAAAUUCUUGGCGAUAUUGUCAUUGGAGAAUAUAGUCCCCGAAGGCCCGUGUCAGACCGAUAUAAUGCAGCCCAUCUCAAGAGUAGGCUUGAGCAAUGGGAGGCGCAACUCCCAGAAUGCAUGAGAAAAGGACCACCUGAUGAGACAUUAGGUGCUGCUUUUUGGGCCAGCCAACUACAUAUGGCAUAUCAGAAUUAUUACAUCCUUCUGUUCAGGCCCAAAGCAAUCGGUGACCUUUCUCCCUCCGAGGCCGAAGGGGAUGUUUGCGCUCGCAGGGCAGCUGAUUCCAUUACUCGCAUGACAGAGGAUCUGCUAGCCGUCGGAGCAAUAAGAUUCAGUCAAAUGCACAUUGUCCCGGCUGUCUUCGGCGCUCUCUCGAUACACACACUUGUAAUCUGUCGCAAAGAUGCUAUUCGCCGGCAAUUGGCAGGUAAUAAAUCACGACAAUGCAUUCUCGCUCUGAGUGAACUAGCAAAAUCUUGGCCUGUGGGACUGUGGAUUAUGAAGUUCUUCGUAAGACUCAUGCGGAAUCUGACAGGCCAAGGAUCUGGUCCUUCAGCUGGGCCAAUAGUUGACGUGACAUCCCGUAUCGCGAAGGAUAGUCGUGAAAACGAGGGAUCAACACUGGGGCGGUCGACGGGUUCAAGCCGGGAUGUUUCUCAGAACCUAGACGAUCCUCGUCUGUUUAAUCAGCAACCUGAUUUAUUCAAUACCUACUCAGGUAACGCUGAAAGGUCGGGAAUGGAGGAGCAACAAGUGCCGGAGAUGUUUGCAUGGCCAGGCGAUCAGUUUGGUUCUGAUUCAUUCUGGGCUGAAGAUACUAUCGAUGUCGAUUUGCUGUUACAGCACGGUUUAUGUCCAUUGCUUCCUGCUAAUUUUGGGGCUGCACCAGGUGUAGAUACCUUCAACUUAUAG